GAAGUCCUGCCCCCAUUCCAGCGGGUCAUACAGCCUGAAGAGAUGUGGCUGUAUAAAAACCCCUACGUGGAGUCUGACCAUGUGCCUGCCAAGCCGAUGUUUUUCAUUUCCUUUUUAUCUCCCGUGGUCUUGAUUCUUCUGGCCAAAUUCUUCAUGAACGCUGACCAAGAUGAUAUGCGGGAAGCAAGUCUAGGGGCCAGCUUGGCUCUUACACUGAAUGGAGUCUUCACCAAUGCUGUGAAGUUGGUCGUAGGCAGGCCUCGGCCCGAUUUCUUCUUCCGCUGCUUUCCAGAUGGACGGGCAACUGCUCAACUGUUGUGCACGGGUGACGCAGAGGUAGUGACAGAAGGGCGCAAGAGUUUCCCCAGUGGGCAUUCGUCAUUUGCUUUUGCCGGCCUUGCCUUUGGCUCCUUCUACAUGCCAAGUCAUGUCUCCUGUCCUGCUGCUGCCUCCAAGCUCUACUUCACAAAGACUACAGUACCAUCUUCCAAAACGGAAGUUAAAAUGGACAUUUUGAAGGAAAUAAAGAAGUUUACUCCUAUUAAUAUAUUGAACUGGAUUAAGAAGCGGACACCUCCUUACAAUCUUUCUUCUGUUCCUCUCCAAGAUGUCGUGGUUGGUUCGGCAAUGGGCUUUGUGUUUGCAUACCUGUGCUACAGACAGCAUUACCCUCCUCUGACGGACCCCGACUGCCAUCAACCGCUGCAACGCAAGUCCAGACUCUCUGCCCCCGAGAGGCAAAAGUUAACCCUCUCUGGCUUCAACCUAGAUGUAUAAAGGAUACUCUCGGGGAGAAAGGGGGCACAGCCCUCCACAGGACCCUGUGCCUGGAGGGGGAAAUGUUACCUCACUUUAAAGGGCCAGCAGCCUUAAUGAAGGUGUGGGCCUGCUCCUCCUCUUCCCUUCCUCAUGAGCCUGUUGGCAGAGAAGAGAGUAUUGCAUUUGGUGUGCACUACACUGGUGGUGAGCCAUCCUUUUAUCCCUGGCAGUGGCAUCUUGCUGCACAGGAUCAGCCCUGAAUCCACUCUGAGGCCUGCUGCAAGAAGUGUUUAGUGUACA